CUCAAUUAUACUCUAAACCCCACAAACUCUCUUUUUUCCUUCUCAUAUUUCCCACACAUAAAAUCCCUCAUUCUCAUCAUUCUCAUGCCUGCAACCAUGCUACCUUUUCUUCUGUUUCUUCCUCUUUUAACCGCCACCGUCGCCGCCACCGCCGCUUACCCGGUCACCCAACUGCUAAAUGUCAAAGACAUAACCAAAGAAACAGAAUCCGAACCCACCAGACUACCAGAAGAUCUCCCCCUCCAUGAAAACUACCCUAUUCAUAACACCACCACUCACACUCAAUGGAAGCUCAAGCUCUUCCACAGAGAUAACCUACCCCUCAACUUCGAUCCCGACCAUCGCUGCCGUUUCAAAGAGCGUAUGGAGAGAGACCUCAAAAGGGUCUCCUCUCUGCUCCGACAACUCUCCAACGACAGUAACGAACAGGUGACGGACUUUGGGUCCGACGUGGUUUCGGGCACGGAGCAGGGGAGCGGAGAGUACUUUGUGAGGAUCGGCGUCGGCAGCCCGCCGAGGAGCCAAUACGUCGUGAUUGAUUCCGGCAGCGACAUUGUUUGGGUGCAAUGCCAGCCAUGCAGCAAGUGCUACCAACAGUCCGACCCGGUGUUCGACCCGGCCGGAUCCGCCUCCUACGCCGGCGUCUCCUGCGACUCCUCGGUGUGCGACCGCCUCGACAACGCCGGCUGCAACGACGGCCGGUGCCGGUACGAGGUGGCGUACGGCGACGGCUCCUACACGAGCGGCACGCUCGCUCUCGAAACCCUAACUUUCGGGCGGGUCAUGAUCCGGAACAUCGCGAUCGGGUGCGGGCAUAUGAAUCGGGGAAUGUUCGUCGGAGCUGCCGGGUUGCUCGGCCUCGGCGGCGGCGCCAUGUCGUUCGUCGGCCAGCUCGGCGGCCAGACCGGCGGCGCGUUCAGCUACUGCUUGGUGAGCCGCGGCACCGAGUCCACCGGGUCGCUGGAGUUCGGGCGCGGGGCGAUGCCCGUCGGCGGCGCGUGGGUCCCCUUAAUCCGAAACCCACGCGCGCCGAGUUUCUACUACGUCGGGCUCUCGGGUCUCGGAGUGGGAGGCACUCGGGUUCCAAUACCCGAACAGAUCUUCGAGCUCACCAAUUUAGGGUACGGCGGCGUUGUGAUGGACACCGGCACCGCCGUGACGAGGCUGCCGGCGCCGGCGUACGAAGCCUUCAGAGACACCUUCAUCGGACUAACCGCGAACCUCCCUCGAUCGGCCGGAGUAUCGAUCUUCGACACAUGCUACGAUCUGAAUGGAUUCGUGUCGGUUAGGGUUCCGACGGUGUCGUUCUACUUCUCCGGCGGGCCAAUACUGACGUUGCCGGCGAGGAACUUCCUGAUUCCGGUGGACGGCGAGGGGACGUUCUGCUUCGCGUUCGCCGCGUCGCCGUCGGGAUUGUCGAUAAUAGGGAACAUCCAGCAAGAGGGAAUUCAAAUCUCCAUUGAUGGAGCAAAUGGAUUUGUGGGAUUUGGGCCAAGUAUUUGUUAAUUCACCAAAAUUCAAAGGGCAAAUCUGUCAUUUUGAAUACUCUUACAUUCUUCUUCCACCUAUGUAAUAUACAUUUUUGUUUUCUUAAUUAGAUUUGAACUAUCAACUAGUUGGAAUCAUCACUCUUGAUGAUAUCGUAUUGUAGUGUAGAAUGUAAUUUUUUAUAUCAAGUUUUUUCUUUGAACUUAUGAAGAUAGUUGAAACUUUGCUGAUGAGAAUAUUGUACUUUUUG